AUGGCUGCUCCGCCGCGGCGAAACCCCAACCACGGCGGCAAGAGGAAGGACGAGGAGCCGUGGCUCGCGGCGGGCGUCCGCCCGGCCAACUUCCUCCCGGGCCUGGCCAUCGGGUUCCUCCUCGGCCUCCUCCUCGACCUCUCCUCCUCCUGGAGGCCGAGGUUUAGCCUCCCGUCUGCCCCGGCGCCACGGGGCUCCAAGCGGGCGGCCGCCGGUUCCUCCGCCGCCCCAGCCCCAGGCGAAGAGCUCAAGAUGGUUUUAGUAGUGCGUCAGGAUCUUAAGAUGGGGGCUGGGAAAAUAGCGUCUCAAUGUGCCCAUGCAGCAACUGGCUUGUACGCCGAUCUGUUGGCAAGCAACCGGGUUCUUUUGAAACAAUGGGAACAGUUCGGACAAGCUAAGAUUGUUCUGACAUGCAAGAAUCAACAGGAAAUGUAUGCCAUAUCUCUUCCAGGGAACAGGAUAAAGGAAACUGCAGAACACCGAGGUAUCCCAACUUUUGUUGUUGCAGAUGCAGGCCGCACACAGGUAGUGGCUGGGUCUAAGACAGUUCUUGCAGUAGGGCCAGGGAGGAAAGCAGACAUAGAUUCAGUUACCGGGAAAUUGCGCCUACUAUUCUCGCUUAGAGAUACCAACCUCGUUCUCCGAGAGUUCGAAAAAUGUGGUGUUAUAUUGAGACAUCACUCUGGCCCAAGAGAGGGUAAUUGGAUCCACAUAUUAUACCAGCACUCUUACGAUGCAAGGAAAGCCCUUCAAAAGAAUGGUAUCCAACUAUGCAGUGGCGUCAUAAUUGGAGUAAAGCAUAUUGAUCCAGUGCACCGGCAGCAGCUGGAUGAUAGGCUCGCUGGAAUCAACCAAGGAGGCUUCAUGGUCUCCCUUCCUUCGAAAUCACUUGUCCUGAAGAGCAACACAGGAGCAUCAAACCAGUUGGGAGCCUUGCCGCGCCCGUAUGAUCCGAAGUCUUCCACAAACGUUAUCAGAGACGCAGGGCGUCGUACGACAGGCAGUGUCGCCGCGCCAGCGAAAUCUAUUGUAACCAAUGUGAUGGACUUGAUAUUCGGCAUCUAG